CUAAGCCAUGAGAGUUGUAAAAGAGUCUCUGACAUAAUAGCCUGCAGCGCACCCAUAGCUUUCAGUAAGUUGGCUACUCCUGAGUCGUGACAUAAACUGACGUCAUGCCUGGGGCGGGACAGCGACAAGAUACAUAAGCUGGAACCGGCACCGCGCUGUAUCGGUUAGAAUAUUCAACCUGAAAAUAUAAGCAUGUCGGUCGUGUGCACCUCUCUAGCCCGAAACGCCAUGGCAUUACGGAACACUGGGGCGAUGGUGAUGGUGCGCUAUACACAGACUGCAGCCGCCCCGGCAUCUGAGCCCAGGAUCAAGAAGUUCCAGAUCUACCGCUGGGACCCAGACACAAUGGGGGAUAAGCCACGCAUGCAGACAUACGAAAUUGACCUCAACAACUGCGGCCCCAUGGUUUUGGAUGCCCUCAUUAAAAUCAAGAAUGAGAUGGACCCCACGCUCACAUUCAGACGCUCCUGCAGAGAGGGUAUCUGCGGCUCAUGUGCCAUGAACAUCAACGGAGGCAACACACUGGCCUGCUUAAACAAAAUAGACAGCAAUACAAGCAAACCGAUCAAAAUUUACCCACUCCCACACAUGUACGUUGUCAAAGAUCUGGUGCCGGACAUGAGUAAUUUCUAUGCCCAGUACAAGUCCAUCGAGCCCUUCCUGAAGAAGAAAGAUGAGUCUCAGGAGGGCAAGGAGCAGUACCACCAGACUGUGGAAGACAGGCAAAAGCUGGACGGUCUGUAUGAGUGCAUUCUCUGUGCCUGCUGUAGCACCAGCUGCCCUAGUUACUGGUGGAAUGGAGAUAAGUAUCUGGGCCCUGCUGUCCUCAUGCAGGCCUAUCGUUGGAUGAUUGAUUCACGUGAUGAGUUCACAGAGGAACGACUGUCGAAGCUCCAGGACCCCUUCUCUCUCUACCGCUGUCACACAAUCAUGAACUGCACUAAGACAUGCCCCAAGGGACUCAACCCAGGAAAGGCUAUUGCUGAGAUCAAGAAAAUGAUGGCAACAUAUAAAGAGAAAGUCAUUAACCCCGUGAACAUUGUGGAAAACCACCGGACUUGAAAUCCACUAGUAAUGACUCUAAUGCUGAACUUUCGAUUACACAUUAUCCUUUCAACAGUGUCUGUCCCUUUCAUUAGGCUUCGCACAUGAAAAAAGAUACAGGCAGUCUAGAAGAUACUGCCGCUUUUAUAUAUGUGAGAGUGAAUGUGUGCUAGAGGAGAGGAGAGAAAGGACAGAGGGAGAAAUGGAAUAACUGCUCCUCCCUCUAGAAAAAUACUUUUUUUUCUUAAAAUACAUACAAAAGUAAUGUUUGAUGUGGUGAUAGAGCUUAUUACUCAGUGUGUGUAUAGAUUGUACAGCAGGGGUUGGCAACAGGUACUAGCCUACAAGUAUUUCAUAUUUUGGGGGGAUUUUAGUGUUUGGAGAAAAAUAUACUUAAACCACCAGGAAUUCAGCAAAACAAAAUGUGUUUCAUUUAGGAAAUCUGUUCAAGUAUUCCCAUGAGUAAAAAAAGAUGUGAUUGUGUCUCAAUGUAAUCAAGGUCUGAAAUUAUUGCUAUUUUCAAAUACAAUCUUUUUUGGGCUUAGUUGUGGUCAAUUUGCAGUGUAUAAAUGAUUUUUAAUUCUGUUCCGGCACCCCCGACCAUAUUGAGCUCUGGAUGACAAUUUGAUGUUUGUUCAUUGGAUAUACUGUAUGUAUAUACAUAAUACUUUAAGGAAAACCAGUUAAAUGUUAUUUAAAUGCUUAUCAAUGCUUAUCAAUAAAGGAAGUAGAAGUCUUAAUUUACCAUUGUAACACAUUGAUAGGUUUCAUGAACGAAACUGAAAUGGUUUAGUUGAUUUUUAAAAGGUUUGAUACUUUAUCUGGUUAAUGGCUGUUAGAAUAGUUUUUGGGCCAAAGAUCGACUCAGAAUGGAAGUAUGUUUUCAAAACUAUGAUUUAUCAUUGUCCCAUGGGGAAUGGAGUUGGGAAAAAUGUAUGUUACAUCUCGUAAAUAUUAUGUAUUGCGAAAUUUGAUUUUAUGUCUCGGUGUGGGGCUCUACUUUGGUGGCAACGCCUCCGAAAAGAUCUCCCCUGUCAUUUUCAGAUUGUAUACAGUAUGCUUAAUGAUCAAAAUAAACAAAAACAAACCA